AUGGGAGUCAAGAGGGGGGAAGCAAGGGAAAGCACCAGGAGGAGAGGGGCGAGCCAAGGACAAGGGAGAAAGGCAAGACCAGGGAGAGGCGGGAGGAAGAGGGCGGAGCAAGGCGGGGAAGCAAGGGAAAGCGAGGAGGAGAGGUGGGAGCAAAGGGGAGCAAGGGAAAGCACCAGGAGGAGAGGGGGAGCAAGGACAAGGGAGAAUAAAGGCCAAAUGGGGGGCCAAGGACAAGCCAAGGGAAAGGGGGGGGCAAGGACAAAGGAGAAAGGCAAAGGGGGAGGAAGGCAAAGCCAGGGGGAAGGACAGGGAGAAGGGACAGCCCCAGACAAGGAAGAAGAGGAAGAAAAACGGACAGGGAAGAAGAGGCGCACAAGGAAAAAGACGAGGGAACGAGGAGGGAGGAAAGGGAAGAAGAGGGGGAAAGCCCAAAGAGACAAGGACCACGGCAGAGCGGAGCAGAGAAGCCAGGCGACACAAAAGGAGACCCAGAAGGCCCACGCAACGGAAAACCAGAGGAAGAGCAGAGGAAGGGGGGGAACCAGGGACAGGAAGGGAAGCGCGACAACGGCGAGCCGGAGCGGGCGGACAGCGGGGCAGAAGAGAAGAGAAGAGCGCGGACAAAAGAGACAAGAGGGCAAAAAGGAGAGCGGCGCGGGCCAACGGACAGAGGCGCAGGACCAGCGAGAAAAGGAGGAAGAGAGGAAGACGGGAAGAGAGAAGAACGAGAGAGCAAGAGAGCGAAGAAGAGACACGAAGCAAAGAGCAAAGAGCAAAAAGCGCAGGGGGACAGAGCAGACCAAAAAGCGGCAAGGGAGAAGGGAGAAAAGAAAAAGAACGCAGAGAGCGGCAAAGAGAAAAGAGGCGGAGAGGCGGAAACAGAGCAAAACAGAGCAGAAAAAGCAAGGGCGGGACGGGAGACACGCAAAGAGAGAAAACACGCAGAGCGAGCAAGAGAAAGCAGGCCAGAGGGGGAAGCGGCAGCAAAGAGACCGGCGCAGCAGGGAAGAGCAACGACAGAGGGACAGCGGAGGAGAGAACGCGGAAGAAGCGGGACAAGAGGGCCAAGGAGAGGCGAGGCAAAGCCGGAGAGGAGACAAGAGGGCCGAAGAGCCGAAAGGGGGCGACGGCCAAAGAAAGAGGGGAAACGCGCAGCAAGAGGGGCCGAAGGAGAGGAACAAGAAAAAGACAAGAAGCGCACAAGCGCCAGGAAGAAGGGCGAAGAGGGCAAAGGCGCGCAAAGGAAAGGGGGCCAGACAGGGAAGCGCGAAGGAGCAAAGGGCGGGGAGAGAGGAGGGAGCGGGGCAAAAAGAGGAGCCAAAAAGAAAGGAAGCGCAAAAGCCGACGAGGCGGACAGCGGCAGGGGAGAGGAAGGGGACGGCGAGGCGCGAGCACCGAGAGUCGAAGAAGGGGGGCAACAGACAAAGGAGGAGGGAGCGAAAAGCAGAGGAGGGCGAAAGGAAGGCAAAGAGGAGGAGGGCAGGAAGCGCGAAAGGCGGCGCGAAGGGCCCGAAACAAACCGGCAACCGCCAGGGCAGGAGAAAAGAAGGGGGAGGGGAGGACGGACGAACAGGGGGCGCGGGGGGGAAAAAGAGGAGAAAGGGGGAGGCGAAAAGGAGACAACAAAAAGGCGGCGGGGGGAAAAGGCAGCGCGCGCAGAACACAAGAAGAAAAAGGCGAAGAAAAGAAGGAGGGAGGCGACAAGGGCCGCAAACCCGGACAGGGGAAAAGAAAGGGGCCAGAGCCGAGCGGGAGCAAGGAGCAAGGCAAAAAGGGGGAAGCGACGCCGAACAAAGCCGAAAGCAAAAGGGGCAAGCGGGACAAAAGAAAAGCGCGCGGGGCAACGAACCAAACGAAAAGGAGGAGGCGGAGGAGGCAGCAGCAAGCGAGGAAAGCGCAGGGCGGAGGAGGAGACGAGCGCGAAGAGGCAAGGCAAGGGAGGGGAGGACAAGGGAAGAGGGGCGGAGGGCGCGGGAAGCAGAGGAAGAAGAGGGAACAGCGAAGGCGGGCAAGGCGGGGAAGGCGGCGGGGCGCGGGAAGCGAGGGACAAGCGAAGGCGAGAAGGGCAAGAGAGGAGGCGCACGCAGCCGCAACGCAAGGAGCGCAAGAAGAGGCGAAGGCGGGAAAAAGAAGAAAGGAAGAAAAAGGGCAAGAGGCGGGACGGGAAGGGAGGAAAGGGAAGAAGGAAAAGAGGCAGCGGCAAGAAGAGGGGAAAGCAAGAGAGGGGAGAGAACAGAAGCGGAGAGCGACGAGGGCGACGGGCACGAAGGCGGCGAAAAGGAGAGAGAAAAGGGGGAGCAGGCAAAAGCCAGCAGGAGAGAGAACCGGAAGGGGGAGGACGCCACAGGGGCGCAAACCCCGCAAAAGCGGACGAAGGCGACGACGACGGGAAAGAAGAAAGGGCAAGGGGGAAAAGGGGGGAAAAGGCAGAAGAGCACGAGGAGACAAGGACGGGGCGAGCAAACAAAGCAAAGGGGAAGGGGGAAAGGCCGAAACAAGGGGAGGAGACGGCAAAGCAACAAAAAGGCAGCAAGCAAAGAGAGGCCAAAGAGGCAAGGGCAAAAAGAGGGCAGAGAAAAGAGGGAAGCGGGGCGAGAAAGAAAGGGGGGAGAGGGAGCCCACGCAAAAAGAGGGGGGGGGGGCAAGAGAGGGAAGGGGGGGAGAGACCAAAGCAACCAGGCGCGGCCCAGGGGCCAAAAGAGAAAAGAAGGGGCAAAACCCGGCGCCAAAAAGAGGGGAAGGGAGGGAGGAGGAGCGGGGCGCGAAGGGGGACAAAGCGCCGCAGCGGAAGGCAAGAAGAGCAAGGGGGGGGGGGGGACCAAAAAGCACGAACAGGAAAGGACCCAAGCAAGGAGGGGGACCGAAAGGGAAGGAAGCGGGGGCAGGAGGGGGGGACAGCGAGAGGGGGCGCACGCCACAGGACGAGAAAGAAAGCAGAGCGAGGGAAGGGCAAAGAAAGCGAGGGACCAAAAGGGAGAGGCGGAGGAAAGCAAAAAGGAGGGAAGGACAAAAGGAGGGGCACGAGCAAGAAAAAGGGGGGGAAGAGGGAAGAGGGGGGAAGGAGGAAAAGGGAAGGGGGGAGCACGAGGCAAGGGGGGAGAAAGGCGAGCGGGGAGAAGGGGCGAAAGAGAAGGGCCGAAGCAAAAAGGAGCGCACAAAGGAGAGGGGGAGCGGGAAAAGGCGAAAGAACAGGAGAGAGGGGGGAGGGGAGCACAGCAAAGAGGCAGGGGGCGGAAGGGCCAGAAAGGCGAAGGAAGCGAAGGGGGAAGGGCACAGAAAGCGCAACCACGGAAACGGCAAGACGAGCAAGCAGCGGGCAAAGAAGAAGCGAGGAGAAGGCGGGCCAGAGAGGAGCGGCAAGAAGGACCAAGGGGAGGCAGGCAACGCGGAAAGCAAAGCAAAGCAGCAGGCAAAGCAAAGACACACGAGGCAACG